AUUGGGUCCUGGUCGGAGAUUCCCCUCUGGCACCCAGCAAUCACCGAGGAAUAGUGAAAGGGGAGAGGUCUGUGUGUAAACAACACAGAAAUCUACCCUGUCAGCAUGAACAGACUGCUUUGUAUUGCUCUGCACAGCAGAGCAAUACAAAGCAGCUUGACAGCACAUUAUGUAAAACAGCACACUGUUAACCCUUUGAUCGCCCCAGAUGUUAACUCCUUCCUGCCCAGUGUCAUUAGUUCAGUGUCAGUGCUUUUAUUUAGCACUGAUCACUGUAUUAGUGUCAUUGGGAUGUCAGUGGCAGUU